GGAAGAUUGACCAAUGAAUGACUUCUUCAAUGCAUGAUAGUGGUAAAAGUGCAACGUUGAAUUAUUGGUCCUUAAGUAUGGCAUGGCGGGGUGAGUGUGCGAUGAUGGAAUCCUCUUUACCCAACUUGUAAGUCGAAGGGCGCAUAGAGCAGCUCCUCUAGUAAAUUUCCGCUAUAUCUACAUAUGGGAUCAUGUUAAUCGCGCGGUCCACCAAGUCCGAGGUGCAUAGGGCUACCUUGUAUGUGCCUCGUUGUGUUUAGUCAUAAUGUCUCGAGAAAGAUAAAUGUCGAUGUAAUUACCCCACCUGUCAAGAGCUUCUUUAACUAUCCUGUAACCCACCUAGAUAUUCCAUAUCCUCAAAGGCCUCUCAUACAUAGCCAUCGAUCAUCGAACACGCCUACAAUGUCUAACCAGGAAAUUGCACUCUUUGACUUGCCCUCUAAACCACCUAACAAAGCGUGGUCGCCGAACCCGUGGAAGACUCGGCUUGCCUUGAACUACAAGGGUCUCCCCUAUAAGACGGAAUGGAUCGAAUAUCCGGAUAUCAAGCCCAAGUUUCAGGACCACCUUCCGAAAGCGGAUCUUUACACGAUCCCAGCCGUCAUUUUGCCUGAUGGUAAAUGGGUAAUGGAAUCGCUGGAGAUUGCCAAAGAGCUCGAGGCGAGGUACCCCGAGCCGAGCCUACAUCUAGAUUCGCCUUACAUAGCAAAGGUCUUCGAGCAGCUUACCAACUUGAGGAAGCCCACCAGCCCUGUCUUCAUCCCGGGAGUGCUCUUCAACAUAUUGAACGAAGCUAGCCAGGACUACUUCCGCACGACGCGUGAGAAGGCAGUCGGAAAGAAGAUGGAAGACUUCGCGCAAGAGGGCGGUGCACCGGCAUGGGAAGCUGCCGCACCAUACGUGCAGAAGGUCACCGCGUUAUUGAAGGAGAACCCUGAAGGCCCCUUCUUCGAGGGAAAGACUGUUGGUUUUGCCGACUUCAUAUGGGGUGGAUGGCUUCUCUUCAUGGGAAGAAUUAGCGAGGAUGCCAUUGCGGGGGCGCUGAAGGCUUCUGGAGAGCCCGAUGUCCACUUGAAGCUUCUUGAGGCCUUAAAGCCUUGGUCCGAGAGAGACGACCACUAGUCCUAUGAGGAUUGUUGCUAGUAGAACGAUUACCAAAUCUACAAUAAUAUUAAACAAGUGCCAUGUUAACGUAUAGAAAUGAUCCGACUAGUGGUUAAUGCAAAACGCAGUUAUCUCUGCUGGCCUCAAUGAAUAAGAAGGUGAUGCUAGCAAAUAGAGCAUUCGACUUAGAUGUUUGGUCGGACGUUGGACGGCGGACGAUGAA